GCCCGACAAGUUUAAAAUUGGCGAAGACUUUGAUUUGUUCAUCAAGAAAUGUAAUCUGUACUUCGAAGCAGUGGAACUUGAAGAUGUUAAAAAGCGACGACUUGCGCUGUUGUUUAAUUUGAUCGAAGAUGCGUUUCGUUUGGCAGAACCGGUUGAGUUUGGCGAAGGGGAAAACGCGUACAAAGAUUGGAUUGGAAAGUUGAAGUCGUUAUUUGAAAGGAAUCAGACUGCUACGGAGAAACGUUACAAUUUUCAUCGUCGAGAACAGGAGUCUGGUGAGUCUGUUGAUUCGUAUGCUGUUUCUUUGCGAGAAGCUAGCUGGAGCUAG